UUCGAAUGUUUCGCCAAUAAUUCUAACGAAAUUAGCCUAAUUGGACCAUAUUUUUAAUUUUGAUGCUUGACACGUAACAUUGGGCGAAUAAUGGAAGACGCAACGGAGAGCUUAGCAGAGGUGUUCCGAUGUUUCAUUUGUAUGGAAAAGUUGCGUGACACCAGACUUUGUCCACAUUGUUCCAAAUUAUGCUGCUUCAUGUGUAUAAGGAGAUGGCUAACAGAACAGAGAAAUCAGUGCCCUCACUGCAGAGCACCCUUACAACUACAUGAACUGGUGAAUUGUCGCUGGGCUGCAGAUGUUACCAAUCAGUUGGAUACCUUACAGUUGGUCGGACCACCUUCAAGAACAGAUGAGAUUGAAAAAGACAAAUGUGAAAUGCACCAAGAGAAGUUAAGUGUAUAUUGUUGGACAUGUAGGAAGUGUAUAUGUCAUCAAUGUGCAUUGUGGGGAGGAUUGCAUUCAGGGCAUCAGUUCAAACCAUUAGAUGAAGUAUAUGAACAGCAUGUCACACAAAUCACAGAGGAAGUAGCUGCACUUAGAAGAAGGCUGAUGGAGUUGAUUAGUUUGGUACAGGAAGUGGAACGUAAUGUUGAAAGUGUGAGGACUGCUAAAGAUGAACGUGUACGUGAAAUAAGAAAUGCAGUAGAGAUGAUGAUAGCUAGAUUAGAAACGCAACUAAAAAGUAAACUUAUCACUUUAAUGGGUCAAAAGAAUCAACUAACGCAAGAAACUGAGCUACUAGAAUCAUUAUUACAGGAGGUAGAACAUCAACUGAGAUCCUGUUUGAAAUCUGAACUUGUUAGUAAAAGUAGUGAGCUGUUACAAAUGUUCACUCAAGUUCACAGGAAACCCAUGGCCUCCUUUGUUACGGCUCCAGUACCUGCUGAUUUCACAAGUGAAUUGGUUCCAGCCUAUGACAGCAGUAGAUUUGUCAUGUCAACUUACAGUAAUAUGCAGGCAAAGGCUGAUCCAGUGUACAGUCCGCCAUUGAAUGUAUCUGGACUUAGCUGGAGACUAAAAGUUUAUCCUGAUGGCAAUGGAGUAGUAAGAGGAAAUUAUCUUUCUGUAUUUCUUGAAUUGUCAGCUGGUUUACCUGAAACUUCAAAGUAUGAGUACAGAGUUGAAAUGGUGCACCAGGCUUCCCCAGACAGCAGCAAAAACAUUGUACGAGAAUUUGCCUCUGAUUUUGAAGUUGGUGAAUGCUGGGGAUAUAACCGAUUCUUCCGUCUUGAUCUCCUUGCUAGUGAAGGGUAUCUAUUGGAUGAUGUACUAAUUUUACAAUUUCAAGUCCGUCCACCAACGUUUUACCAAAAAUGUCGUGAUCAACAGUGGUAUAUCAACCAAACUGAGUCUGCACAGAGGCAGUAUAUGGCCCAGGUUAUUGACCUCAAGGAGAGGCUUGCUGUGGAGUUGUCAAGACAGAAAAGAAAUGGUGAUUCACCAGAGAGCCAGCUUGUAUUGAUAGAGAAAGAACAGUGUAGUAGUGAUGUAUCUAAGCACCCUAUAAUCAAACCUAAACCAAUCAGAGCUAUGUAUCCAGUAAAUCUAGGUAGUGGUGAUCAGAAUAUGCCAAGUAGUGAUAUAGAACAACCAGAAGAACACCAGUUGAGUGAUGAAGACAAUGAUGAUGAUGAAGAUCACGAGGACAGUGAGGAUACUACUGAAAGUUCAUCAGAUAGUAAUGAUGAAAAUGAUGUUGAUGAAGAGACAAUGUCUGGUGACAAUGAUGUGGAAAAUUUACAGCAAACCUGGGAUUCUAUAGAGCAGCAUCCACUGGAUACAACAGCGUGUCUAGCUAGCCAUCCUGUGGAUAAUUCUAAUCUCUUACUGGAUGGUGCAGUAGGUUAUAGUAGUCAAGCCCAGGCUGAUGAACUGAUGUUAUUACAAUUGUUAGAUUUACAAGACAGAUCAACCGCUGACGAUAGGUGGAGUUUUCAUUCAAGACCAACUCUUGCAUUUGGAGGGAGAAGAGAUCGAGAUAAAAGGAAGAAAAGACAGUUACCGUCUCUGUCAGCUGACAGUAUGUUACAGCAUAUACAGGAACAGAUGGCACAGGUGACUGCGACGGCUAAUGCCUUGGCAGCAGAGAAUGUAACGCCCAGUGUCAGUACAUCACAGUCUGAUAGCAGUAUAGGCAGUAGAAAUAAUCCCAAGUGGUAUUUUGAUGAUAGUUUGAAGCCAUCGCAUCAACUAGCAAGUGGUGAUGCAAGCACGCUAUCGCAGCCAGAAAGAUCUCGCACUCGUCCACAGAUGGAAGCUGUUAGAUCAGCACAUGAUAUACUAGAUAGUUCUAGCCCGUUGUCACUUCGAAUGUCUGUCACUAAUGCCAAAGAGGAAGAACAACAAGCUGCUGGUGGCGGCGAUGAUGUUGUCAGAUCCAAUGCCCCUCUUCCAACAGUUGCCAACCAACCAAGCAGUGCUGAUGUUGUUGUCAUACCAACAAGCAGUGACCAAAGUGAGAAUGUUGAUGAUGACGAGGAUUCUGUCGAGAGCCAGCCUGAAGUCAUGCGUGGAGGGAGCACUACACCAACUGCAUCAGCCGAACAGUUAAUGGAAGAGUACCCUCUGUCCCCAAGCACAGCUGAUACGUCUUUGGAACAGUUUCCAUUGCUAGAUCAAUUUCCUCUCAACCAUGAUUUAGAUGCCAAGUCGGUAAUACCAUCUCUCAAUACAGCUAGACUUGUGGCUAGGAUGAGAGACCGAAUGAUCACAAUGAGAAAGCCUGACAAGGAGGAAGUGAACUCACAGUGGAAGACAAUAGGUCCUGAUAACUCAAUUGUCUCAGCUGAUCCUACAGAGGUGCUAGCUGAGUCCGCUUCAUCCACUGAAGGGGCGACAGGCAGCCUUUCUGAUGUUAGUGGUGAGAGGGCACCAUCUGACCUGAGAACCAGGGAUCCAUCACCUCCUCCUCCUGUGGCUGUUACAAGAAAGAAGACGUCAGGAUCAAGUCGUAGUACUAAUUCUCAAUCAUCUAGCAUUCCUAGCAGCCAGGAUGUUUUUGGUUUAUUUGAAGAUGAUAAGGACAAAGAUCAACAAUCCAUCUGUUGAUAGUAUACUAUGCUGUACCUGUACACCAGAGAUUUUGUUUCUGAUGUUUAGAACUUGUGACUUUAAUAAUAAGAAAUUGUUAUAUAGUAUAUUAUUAUAUAACAUUUUCUGAUGGGUUGGAAACGAACACUAUGGCUAAAUAACGCUAAUUUGAGUACAUCGUCAAUUGGCAGACUUGGCUUUCGGUAAUUCGUCAGGCAUAACUCUGGUGAGUUGGCAGCAAAGACUGGCUACACUGUGCUACCAUACUUCAUAUUAGUGAUACAUCGUCAGUUGACAGAUUUGGUUUUGGACAAUUUGACUAGCAUAAGUCAUUGGCAACGAACACUAUGGCUACACUCGCAUCACUUCACUAAAAAUAGUGUCAUUGCAUGGUUUGUUUUUCUUUGCAUAUAGUUCAAACAUGAAAUGAUUACAUUUUAACACAUAUGUUAACUACAUGCACCCCAGUCAAGCGAUUUCAUCUCUAUAAUUGUAAUUUAAAAUCAGUAUUCCACAACAUAAAACAAAAUUUUAAAAAUUAAAAAUGUAAUUAAAUGAUUUUUGUACCCAGACGAUGAAUAUAUAGUUAAUUGAUGAUACGAUUGCAAAAGCUGACUGGCAGUGUGCCCUCUGUGCUGCGAGUCAAUUUAUGAAAACUAUGAAAUAUAUGAAAACUACCACUGAGGGUGCACUUCAAAGUGUUA